AGCUUUGCUUGGCUUACAGCUUCAGAGGUUCGUUUUGGUGGAGCCAUGGGCGUGCGGAUAUCCGCAAGGCCCGGUUGCGUUCUCGCAGCGCUGCUUGCCGCAUGCUCGGUGUUGACUUGCUCGCUUUCCUGCAGGUCGCUGGCCGUCGGCAAGGUUGCUGCAACGGCGCUGCGCACGGUGCUCCCAGAACCUGAACUAGCAGGGAAGCCGCAUUUGAUCGGCUUCUACGCCGACCAGUCCAUGGAGGCGAAGCGGAUGAAGUACUUAGGCGACCUGCUAGAGAAGGAGAUUCCCGGGGUCCACAUUGUGUGGUUGGAGGCCUGGGACAAUCCGCUGAACGAGCGCCUCCGUGCCACCAUCGACCUCAGGCGCUGCCAAAGAAGAUGUGCUCAGUAAGCGGAACCAGUGUGGCGGCGUCCCCUACCUCUUUAACCGCAAAACCGGCAAGGUCCUUUGUGGUGUGGUUGGCUACGACAAGCUUCGGGCAUGGGCGCAGGGCCUCGGCGGGGACGCGAGGAUCUACAGGGAUAUCGGUUCUUAAGGGUGGGCAACUUUUCUUGCUGGAUA